ACGCAGGGAUUUUCACAUCAUCGGAGGUGGGGGAUUCAGAAAUGAGCCUUUGAGCUUAUUUCCUGACCUGCCGAUCGGCACGGGCGCAAUGGUGAAGAAAAGGCUGUCUUCCAGUGACACGGUGUUCCGGUUUGACAUUCCGGGCAGCCCAAGAAAGGCAGGCACCGAGGCCCCACACAGCGCCGCAGACUGCCCCAGCUCUGUGCUUCUCAGCUCAGAGGCUGAGAAUGGUUUGGAGGAGAAAAAGAAGAUCUGCAGGUCGCCAACAGCCCAGUCCCCUACCCCGUCCUGCGAGGCUGAGUCCCCAGACCAGAAGAGAAUCAUUUCCUUGCGGUCAAAAUCCAGUUUUGAUGGUGCCUCUUUAGCAAGUGAUAAGAACGACUGUAAAACAGAAAGCAAAAAUGAAUCUAAGAUGGACAGGAAGAAGUCUUCGUCUUCCAGCCAGGUAACUUGGGAAUGCGGACUUAUUAACUCACUGACUCUGUUUCAGAUCUCUAUUCCGGCUUUCUCCGUCACCCUAAUAAAGAAAACCAAAACUGCCCUUCUGGUGCCAAAUGCCCUGAUUAUAGCGACAGUCACAGACCGGUACAUAUUUGUCUCCUUACUCUCCAGAGAUUCCACUUACAAACUACUAAAAUCUGUGUGUGGACACUUAGAAAAUACAAGUGUUGGGAACAGUCCCAACCCGUCUUCUCUUGAGAACAGUUUCCGGGCAGACCGCCCUUCAUCUCUGCCUCUGGAUUUCAACGAUGAAUUCUCAGAUCUGGAUGGAGUAGUUCGACAAAGAAGGCAAGACAUGGAAGGAUACAGCAGUUCUGGUUCCCAGACUCCUGAAUCCGAGAACUCUCGAGAUUUCCAUGUGACAGAAUCCCAGACAGUUCUGAAUGUCUCCAAGGGAGAAACAAAACCAACUCGGGCAGAUGCCCAUGUGAAUAGAGUGCCUGAAGGAAAAGCCAAGAGUCUCCCUACACAUGGUCAGUCAGAAACCAAUGGAAUCUUACACAAAGUAAAGCCUCAGACAUGUACGACUCUCCACCAUAUUCUUCUAUUUUACGCAAUCGUUGUCUGUGCACUAAUCAUCUCGACCUUCUACAUGAGAUACAGAAUUAAUACUCUGGAGGAGAGGCUGGGGUCACUAACCUCCACUGUGGACAUUCAUCAUAAUGAACAGACAGCACCAUCCGGCCUGGGGUCACAAGUCCAAUUAAACGUGGAGGUCCUCUGCCAAGAGCUUACAGCUAACAUAAUGAAAUUAGAAAAGAUACAAAACAACCUACAGAAGCUGCUUGAGAAUGGUGACUGAAGGACCACAUUGUUCGGGCCAACAUGAUACCUCGUGCUUCCCUUUGAAGAAAGUGUUCGUUCCCCCAGUCGUUGUGGUGGAGCGCUCCCUGCUGGCCAGAGGAGCGAGCUGAUGGGCAUCCCUAGCCAUGUGUGCACUUGGAGGUCUCCAGCUCAGGAAAGGGGGGAAGAGAAAUAAUUUUGGUUCCUGUGCAAUAAACAUGGACCCUGUCUGAGGAAGUUUUCAGUGCUGCUUCCUCAAGAAAACAGACCCAUCUCUGGAGGUCUCAGGAAGGGCCUUGGUGGACACCCUCUCGGAUGAUUGUGGUUCCACAGUUAACUUGACUGUCAGCAAACACACUCCACUCCAUGCCUUUUCGGUCCUUUCCCUGCCCCUUUUCUCUCCUGUACACCCCUCUGAACCAACCUUCAAAGUAAGGAAUAGAUCACGUGCCAAUAAACUUGAUACGAUCCUUACAAGAAUUAGCCAGAACUCUCCAAAACAGCAAGAAAUAGCUCUAACAGACAGACUCGCCUCAAGCAACACCAACAUGUUUUUCUUUUCCCCCCUCCUGCUGUUCUGUUCUGCUUUAAAUCACCUGUAUAUCUUCUCAAUCGAGUACUGACAAGAAUAUCACAGAGCAGAUUAAACUAUCCCACGUGUGUUGUGUUUUGUUCAACUAACACUUAACUGGACCGGUCAGCACCCACCCCAGAUCCAGAAACUGUGACACAUGCGACUCAAGUACUAAAUUAAGCUUACUCUGCAACCAAAACUAAUCUUUAAACCAAAAAGUACCAUAGUGCUUUGAUACUGGAUGAAAAACACUGAACUUUUAAAUGGACAGGUGAACUAUGUUACUUUUGAAACAGGAUGUCCAUAGUGAACGCUGAAGCCCAUUGGAGCAUGACAAGUGCAUGCUUCUCCCUCUUGCUGACGAAAAUAAAGAAGUAACUGGUGGUUUACUAACUUCUGUUUCCCAUAUGAGUUGGCUGGUUUUUAUUAAUAAUUAUUUAGGUACCAUAAGUUCUGUAAUAUAAAUGAUACUCUGUUUCUAUCGGCAAUGCGUUUUAUAAUCAUUUCUAUGAAAUGUAUUUUGUUUGAUCAGACAAGCUAAUAAAUGAAUUAGUUACAACAUUUGGAUUUGUUAGCCUCCUGUACAAUUGUGCCUGGUGCACCCCGGCUUUUAAUAAAAACUCGUUGGUUAAACUGCCCUGCUAA